AUGUUUGAGAUUUUUCAUUAUCAAGAGUCAAAAAGAGAAGUUCUUGACGAUUUUCUAGUUAGAAAGCUGUGGCCUAAUCUGGAUUUUAAAUUCGAUUGGGUUGCGUCUAUGGGUUCCUCGGGUGUUCUUCUUUUAAUUUGGAACUCUGCUGUGUUGUGUAACGAACUUGGCCCUUUAUUGCAUUGUGCAGGUACGGUUACCAUUAGUGGUGAUUUUAAUGAGACUAUCCAUCCAGAGGAGAGGUUGAACAGUGUGGGGUACUCUCCUUCUAUAUUGGCGUUUGGUGAGUUUGUGAAUAAUUCAGAGAUGCUUUAUUUACCUCUCCAGGGAAGAUCAUACACUUGGCAGAAUUCGUAUUCUAGAUCACGCAUAGAUAGGUGUCUGAUUUCAGCCGAUGCCGGUGUUCAAUGGCCUUUUAUGUCACCCACAGCUCUGCUGGGUAAUCAUUCCGAUCAUCCUUUUAGAUCUGUUGAUGCGUGGUGGGAAUAUGAGGAUUUUAAAAAAUUUGUUUCAGACAACUGGGUUUCAGCCUGUGAGAAAUCAUCAGAUCUCACGUCUAGGCUUCGGGAACUUCGGGCCUCCAUUAAAGGUUGGAAUCAGAAUGUGUUUAGAGACCAAAACAAGAGGAUUAAAGAUCUGUCUGAGGAGAUUUUUCAGAAAGAAGCACAGGUGGAUGUCAAUUUAUGUUCGGAGGAGAAAAGAAUUGUUAUUGGUAAACUUAAAGCUGAGCUAUGGGAGGUGGAAAAAAGAGUUCAAUCAAUUUGGGUGCAAAACUCUAGACUAAACUGCAGUACAGCUGGCGACCGAAAUACAAAGUUCUUUCAUAGUGUUUCUUAUAAACACUACAAGAAUAACCAUAUCUCUUCAAUCCGAGUAGAGGAUGCUACCUACACUGAACUGAGUGAUAUUCAGGGUUAUAUAAGAGUUUUUAUUAAAUCCUUAUACGGUCUGCAGACUGUGGUGAACUUUGAUCUCUCUGGGUUUUCUUUUGAGAAGAUUACUGAGGAACAAGCAAAUGGGUUGAUGAGUCCUUUUAAUGAGGAGGAAAUUUUCAAGGCUCUUUCCUCCUGUGGUGAGCGAAAGGCUCCUGGGCCAGAUGGGUUCAAUUUUUACUUUUACAGACGAGCAUGGCGUUUCAUGAAAGAUGUUAUCCGAGGUUUUUUUGAGGACUUCCGUAGUUCUAGUUUUUUUACCUAA